UUUCCCAUUUAGUACGCGAGGACGUACAAUCACCACUCGCAGACGGCGAUGGUUAGUCUUCAUGGCCACGACCGGUGAAAGCACGUCGACGAAAGGUCUGCACCAUACUAUGGAAAUUAACUCGACCUAUGCUGAUCUCCAAAGAAAAGAGGCCGGCAGUGGUACAACAGUGUUCACUCCGACGGGCCGAGAGCAGUUUGAACAGGCGUUGCUCAAGCUUAAACAGGAGCAGCAAGCACAGCAGGCUAUGCUGUUGCAGCACUACCAGCGUCAGCAACAACAGUUGGCACGUCAGCAUGAGCAACAGCUACAGGAGCGCAUCCGCGAGUAUCUCGACCACCAGCGUCGGUUGCAAGAAGAACAUCGCAUGCAAGAGCGGGACCGCCUUGACCAGCUUAAGAAGAAAGAGAAGCAUGAACAGAGUGCAAUAGCAUCAUCUGAGGUGAAACAACGUCUGCAGGAGUUUGUGCUCAACAAAAAACAGAGGGAAGCUGCAGCUAACAAUGCAUCUCCGCCAAACUUCAGAAACUGGUCAAGGCAACACAACUCUCUGGACCAAGCGUCCCCUCCCUCAACGAGCGCCACAGUGUCUCCGCAGUGCCGGCACCCGUUGCUCGGAAAGUACGACGAUGAUUUUCCACUCAGGAAAACAGCAUCGGAACCCAACCUUAAAGUGCGCUCUGUGCUGAAGCAGAAAGUAAUCGAGAGACGCAGCAGUCCUCUCCUGCGUCGCAAAGACAAGGGCAAGCGGAGACCCCUGACAAUGGACAAACAAGAUGAAAGCAGUUCUACUUUGCAUUCAUCUCUCCACUCAAGCAAUGGAAGCACACCCAUACAAGAGGAGCCUUCACCCUACAAUGCGUUGGCCAGCAACGAUGAUCUCACCCUGUAUUCUUCUCCAUCCAUGCCCAACAUCUCACUUGGACGGCCGCCUGCGAGCUCAGCAGAUGGGAAGAUAGUGAACUCUGUGUCGGAAGCCCAAGUACGUGCCAUGGCAGCCGCACGGUUAGGGAUGCCCCUCACAUCUCAUGUACUCCACUCAUCUCUACCAUUUUGCUCACCCUUGCCUGUUCUAGAUGGGGAGUUUACACCUCCAACUAGUCCCGGGUAUGUCCACCAACAGAUGAAAUCCCUGGAGCAGCAACAAGCAUCCCAGCAAGGUCUAUCACCACUGCAAUUGAUGUAUCCUCCAGGAAGCGUAAUCACAGAUGCUCAAGUGGCUCAAGCUCGCCUCCACAGGAAUAUCCACCGGCCCUUGGGGCGUACCCAGUCUGCUCCGUUGCCCCUGGGCCAUCCAAUGCUCCAACCACAGGGAGUGCUUAUGAACCCGCAGCUGUAUGAACAGCACAACCUUCUCAAGCAGCACAUCCGCCAGACAGUGUUGACCAGAGCCGGGAGCAAAUCCCAGGUUGUGGAGCAUGUGGAAGAGGAGACAGAGGCAGCUGUGGCCCAAGAGAUGAAGGACCAGCCAGAGGUGAUUGACCUCACUGAUUCACGCAAGGGAUCCGUGGACCACAUCAGUGAAGAUUCAGCAUUUGCAAGCAGACAACCAGGGGCACGGCCAUUGUCUCGAGCAUUGUCAAGCCCACUGGUUAGCCUGAGUCCCAGCAGCAGUCCACAGAGUGUAGAGACUCCCACUACAGCUCUAGCUUAUGACAGCCUCAUGUUGAAGCACCAAUGUAUCUGUGGCGAGUACACGAGUCACCCUGAGCACGGAGGACGACUCCAGAGCAUUUGGGCGCGGCUUCAAGAGACUGGCCUCGUUGCCCGUUGUCAGAGAAUACGAUCACGAAAGGCAACACUAGAAGAGAUCCAGUCCUGUCAUGGGGAAGCAUACACCCUUUUGUUUGGCACCAAUCCUCUCAACAGACAGAAAUUAGAAAUAAGCAAACUUGCAGAGCUACCCAUCAAAAGCUUCGUAAUGCUCCCGUGUGGCGGCAUUGGAGUUGACUCUGACACCACCUGGAAUGAGCUGCACACAGCCAGUGCUGCCCGGAUGGCUGCAGGAUGUGUCACGGAACUGGCCCUUAAGGUUGCCACUGGAGAAGCCAGGAAUGGGUUUGCCGUAGUGAGACCUCCGGGACACCAUGCCGAGCCUCAGCAGGCCAUGGGAUUUUGUUUUUUUAACUCUGUGGCCAUUGCUGCCAGGCAACUGCAGCAGAAGAUGAAGGUGGAGAAAAUCCUGAUUAUUGACUGGGACGUUCACCAUGGCAACGGGCUACAACAGAUGUUUUACGAUGAUGCUCAUGUGCUGUACAUAUCUCUUCACCGACAUGAUGAUGGCAACUUCUUCCCUGGAACUGGUGACCCCCAGGAGGUAGGAAUAGAUGACGGCACUGGGUUCAACGUCAACAUUGCUUGGUCCGGGGCUCUCAACCCACCUAUGGGGGAUGCUGAGUACAUUGCUGCAUUCAGGACGAUAGUGAUGCCAAUUGCGCGUGACUUUGACCCCGAGGUGGUCUUGGUCGCCGCGGGGUUCGACGCCGCAGCGGGACAUCCUCCGCCUCUCGGAGGAUAUCAAGUAUCACCAGCAUGUUUUGGGUACCUGACAAAGCAGCUCAUGAGCCUUGCCAAGGGAAAGAUAAUCCUUGCGCUUGAAGGAGGGUACGACCUUCCGUCUAUCUGUGACUGCUCGCAAGAAUGUGUUUCUGCCCUGCUGGGGGAUGAACGUACUCCCUUGAAGGAAAUCACCCGCAAGCCGUGUGCUGCCGCCGUCCAGACCUUGCAGCGGACAGCUGCUAUCCAAGCCACCCACUGGCCAUGUAUAAAGAAGUGGAUCCCCAGCAUUAACUGGUCCCUGCUUGAAGCUCAACAGAAGGAAAAAGAAGUGGAGACAGUUACAGCGCUAGCUUCCCUCUCCAUGGCUGCACAACUGCAGAAGAAGCCAGAUGAAGAGGAAGAACCCAUGGAAGAGGACCAGGAAAAGUGAAAAAAGGGACAAAAUCUUGUGCGCACAACACCAAUGGGCUUUGAAAGUCACGAGAACAAAUGCAGCAUCAGGGUACUUAACAUUUUAGACUGGGUUUCAUUGGUCAGUCUGACAGUUCUGCUGCCAUGUUAUUGCAAUACAAGUGUUGACAAUGAAUUGGGACAUAUGGUCUUACUCUUUCUUUGCAGCGCAAGAAUUAUGCUAAAAUGUCAGUCAGUGGACAUGCCUUGACCCAGAAAGCUUUCUCUUUUAGACAAUUUAAGAAAGAAAAAAAAAGUACAUUAUGUUUACACCCUCAUAUUUGUUGGAUCAUGUGUACAUUGUGAGAUAUUUCCAGUAUUCCAGGAAGAUGCUUUCCUUCUUUGUGUAUUGCUGCUAUUGAGAAAUAUGUACAUGAUUUAAUCCUAAAUGAUAGUACAAACACGUUUUUGUGGCAGUCAUCUGUAACCAGGACCUGUUUGUCAGAAAAAGCAGGCAGAGGAGGUCACAUACUCUUUAGAAAUUGUAGAUUUUAAUGGAACACCUUCCAGUCUUCCUGUGGUUAGAACAAUGUGGUUUGAACAAAUUUAAUCAUCUUGGGGGAGGCUACACCUUCAAGGUGAUCCUGAUCACAUUUGUUCCAACCACAUUGUCAGCCAAAGUUUGUUUCACACUGAGGGUCAGGUUGAGCUGACCACACAUAAUAAAACACAGUAAUGAAUCCCUGAGCAGUGGAUUUGUCUCGAAACUUUACUUGAAACGUCACCUGCAACGACAGCUGGAAGAAACAAAAAAUGGCAAGCAUUUAGUGCAGGUUUGAUUAUGAAUAUUUUUUAAAGCCUUUGUAUACCUCCGUGUGUGUAAGCUGAACAUGUCUAGUUAUUCUGUAUGGGAUUUGGACUUUUCGUUUGUUUUUGUUUAUAGUAGAGGAUUUGAAUGUUAUUCUUGCUACAACUAGUCAGUUUAAAGCGGAAAACUUGCAUCAUAGUGCUUGUGUAAUGCUGGCAAUGUAUCAUUUUGUUUUGUGACGUAGAGUUAGCAGCACUGGGGCCAUUUGAAAUCUCAGAGAGAUACCAUUCUGCUUUCAUAUUGUACAGUUGAUCACUAUGAUGCUGUUUUUAGCCCCAGUGAAUUUUUGAGAGAUCAUGGAGCCACCGACAGAAUUUUCGAGAGAUUCCGUGGAGAAAUAUUUACUCGAUUGUCACUUUUUUGCCCAAAUGUUGUUAUUGUGUUGGAUUUCAAGCAGGUCACCAGUUGUAGAAAAGUGCUUUAUGAUUGUAAUGAAUAUGUAAAAAGAGUAUAUACUUUAAUGCAAACUUUCAUUUGAGGUUUAAACUUAUUUGUGAUUUCAACCCUUUAUUGUUAAGGUGUUUUUUUACUUUCUGAUUUUGUGUUGUUGGAUGACAAAAAUCUUUGAGGGUAACUGAAAGAAUGAUACUUGUAGGUAAUAGGUAUGAAAUGGUUGACAAACGUGAUAAGUUUGGCUAUAUGGCAAAAUUGAGUAUAAUCAAAUUAAAAGUGAAUCUUGCAAAUUAACGUAGAUAGCUACCCCAAGACUGAUAUGUAAUGGCAUGAAGGCUCAAAAUAGCUUUGAAAUAUGUAUCACCUGCUGGUUGCAAGGCAUCAUAAAAUGUCAUUGCAGUCGAUUCCAUUCCGAGGGAAAUAGCGAAAGUAGAAUAUAACAAAUUCAAGUUAAAUUACUUUUUAUGGAAGGAGAGCCUGUCAUGUUCUCUUGUUAUCUGCACAAUUUUGAAGGGUUGGAAAAGGUUUUAUUUGUACGAUAUUCACAAGCAUCUGGUGCAAGAAAGGCGGCUAGUCAUUUGGAGUGGCUAACCCUGUGUAAAACUUUGUUGUUAAAUAUGCUGUGCUAUAUAUUGUAUGUUGGAUCGUAAUUUAAGCUGUACAGUGUGUAUGUUUAUCAGAUUAUGUUAUCAUUGCAGAAGCAUAUAUAUUUUGCCACAUAUUGUAUGUACACCUUGUGCUAUUGUAAAAGUGCGAUAAAACUGUUAUAGAGGAUAUUUGUAUUUUUUUUUUUUAUGCAUUGUAUCAAUAAUAAAUCAUUAUUCAGUGCCUAAA